AUGAGCCACAGUAGCCUGAUAUCUUGUAUAUCUUGGGUCCGCAGAGGCGUAACUACUCAGCACCCUGUCAAAUAUGUCCUCGACGAUAACGAGCUGAACCGUGUCAGUGCACUGGCCCGAAUCGAGCUUGAUGACGCCCGCAAAGAGCUGGAGCGCGCACACAAAGCGGCCGAGUCGAUGGGGAAGGGUGCGGAAGGUGAAGAGGCCGACGAUGUCGACGACGAGGAUGAGAGUGCUUGGGUCGACGAAGAUGAAAAUUCGAAGGACGAGGACGUUCCUAUGGAUCAGGAUGGACCUCCAACAAAAGACGGGGCGGAGGGCAAAGACGACGAUGAUCUAGCACAGUACGAUCUGGAUAACUAUGACGAAGAUGAUGCUAUACCAGCAAUGGGUCCGUUCAGCAAUAUCAAGGGUCUCACAUAUUAUAGGAAUAAUGACGAGGAUCCUUACAUCACACUAAAAGACGACCAAGAAUACGAAGAACGCGAAGAGCUCGAAGUCCUACCGAACGACAACCUCCUCGUAGCCGCAAAAACCGAAGACGAGAUCUCACAGCUUGAAAUCUAUGUUUACGAUGAAUCACAAGAAAACCUCUACGCCCACCACGACCUCAUGCUACCCAGCUUCCCGCUGUGCCUCGAAUGGCUGGACUUCCCACCCAUCACCUCACCCGCAUCCACCGCGUCCUCUGGAGCAAAACAAUUCGGCAACUACAUAGCAGUGGGUACGAUGGAGCCGGAGAUCGAGAUCUGGUCGCUGGACAUCGUCGAGGCGAUAUAUCCGGAUAUGGUGCUUGGCCGCCCGGACAAGACCGCCGCGCACGUCCCGACACCACUGGGAACAGGGAAGAAGAAGCGCAAGAAGGCGAAGCACCGCGCCGCCAGCGCUGCACACCACGUCGACGCGGUCCUUGCGCUCUCGUGGAACCACACGCACCGCAACCUCCUCGCGUCCGCGUCCGCGGACCGCACUGUGAAGCUGUGGGACCUGAGCCGCAACCCGACGAUCAGCGGCGACAGUGAGGGCGAGGGUGCGCUGCGGAGCUUUAGUGUGCACAAGGACAAGGUGCAGGCGGUGCAGUGGAAUCAGAAGGAUCCGACCGUACUGCUCACUGGAAGCUUCGACCGUACGGUGAGGACGUUUGACUCGCGUGCGCCGGAUGCAGGCGUUGGGGCAGUUGUGGGUGCUGAUGUGGAGGCGAUCCGAUGGGACCCUUGGGAAGUGCACGGGUUCUACGUAUCCCUCGAGAACGGGCUUGUCCUGAACUUUGACGCAAGGACGCUUCCCUCUGAUCUCAAUUCGCCAUCACCCUCGCGGUUCACUCUUUCCGCACACGACGGCGCUGCCUCUGCGUUGGACGUAAAUCCUCAUAUACGAGGGUGCAUCGUUACGGGCGGCACAGACAAAAUUGUCAAGAUCUGGAACGUCCACGAAGAUGCUGAUCUGGGCAAGCAGCAAGUCAGCUUGGUGACAUCGAGGGAUCUCGGCGUGGGCAAGGUCUUCUCCGCAGUGUGGUCUCCAGAUGAUCCCCUCACAGUAGCCGCCGCUGGGUCACAUGGAAAAUUGCAGGUAUGGGACGUUGGGGCUAAUGCCGGUACAAGGAAGGUGCUUGGCUCGAAGUUGGCAGAGGCGGGCAGGAUCCUCAAGGAGAAAACUGGAGGCGGCGUCGUCGGCGUUGCGAGCGACGACGAGGACAGUAGCGGAGGCGAGGACGACGACGAGUGA